AUAGCUAAAUCAUCUGUCAAACAUCUGAGUGUUUUUACAUUACACUGGGAAAAAAGAAUCACUUUUUUCGAAUAUUUACGACGCGAUAAGGCAUUUACGUGUAUUAUGACGAAUUUUGUGGCAAACCAUUAGAACGGGAGCCCAAUAGCUGCAUAAAUCAGAGCAUAAAUCAAGUGAAAUAAUACACAGUGAAUAAGUUGUGUUUUUUUCUAUAAAUCAGUGGGCUUCAACAAGUUAUGAACAUGAAGAAAAAGGUGUUACUUAUGGGUAAAAGCGGUUCUGGCAAAACCUCGAUGCGUUCCAUCAUCUUUGCCAACUACAUUGCACGAGACACUCGACGACUGGGAGCGACAAUCGACGUCGAACAUUCACAUGUGAGAUUCUUGGGCAAUUUAGUGCUGAAUCUAUGGGACUGUGGUGGUCAAGAGAGUUUUAUGGAACAAUAUUUUGCGUCACAAAAGGACAAUAUAUUUCGUAACGUUGAGGUGUUAAUCUAUGUGUUCGAUGUGGAGAGCCGAGAACUGGACAAUGACAUGCAUUACUAUCAAUCGUGCCUCGAGGCCAUCUAUAAGAAUUCUCCGGAUGCGAAAAUUUUCUGCUUGGUUCACAAGAUGGACUUGGUGGCCGAAGAACAACGAGAUAUCAUUUUUAAGGAACGUGAAGAAGAUUUGAAGCGCUUAUCAUUGCCUUUGAACUGUACCGCCUUCAAAACAAGCAUCUGGGAUGAGACAUUGUACAAAGCAUGGAGUCAAAUUGUUUACAUGUUGAUUCCAAAUGUGGAGGCAUUGGAGCAUUCACUGGCCUAUUUUGCCAACAUAAUCGACGCUGAUGAAGUGUUGCUCUUCGAACGUGCCACAUUUUUGGUCAUAUCACAUUCGCAGCGAAAACAGCACCGUGAUUUGCAUCGCUUUGAAAAGGUUUCCAACAUAAUCAAGCAAUUUAAAUUGUCGUGCUCGAAACUGGGUGCAAAAUUCCAAUCGAUGGAGGUGCGAAACAGUCAAUUUGCUGCAUUCAUCAAUACAUUCACAAGCAACACAUAUAUCAUGGUCAUAAUGUCAGAUCCAGCGAUGCCAUCGGAAGCCGCCCUGAUCAACAUUCGCAAUGCGCGCAAAUAUUUCGAAGAAUUGGAAAAUCCAAACAGCACCUCUUCGUCGCAACUGAUACACUGAAAACAGAAACAAAACCAUGCACGCUUGUGAAUUGCCCCCACUUUAUCUUACCAAUAUCAGUUGGAUCGAACCAAAUAAUUUUGAUAACAACCGAUUGAAUUAUUUUGUUAUUAUUUUUCAUAGAUUUAUACAAAUAAAAAAACCAAUUGACACGAAUCGAAUAAAGUAAAAAGCGAAACGAAGCGUAAAA